GCCGAAUCAGAGAUCCCAUAUGAUGGAGCAGAUCACCGACUACCUCUGCAAGUAUAAAAAUUACACCUUUGACAGACACACCAGCGCAGAUCACAUUGAUUCACUCCAAAGCUUUGAGAUCCGUGACAGUGAUAUAUUCCUGGUCACUUAUCCAAAGUCAGGCACCAUAUGGGCUCAAAAUAUCAUCAUCUCCAUUUUGGAGCAAGACAGCAGUAUUCCUGCUUAUCCCAACAACUGGAAGCAGAUGCCGUGGCUGGAGUACAGGGGCGACUCGGAGGACAUCUCUCUGCGACCUUCUCCACGACUCUUUACGACUCACCUCAUUCCCACUUUAAUGCCGACAGGUCUGAAGAAUAAGGGGGCAAAG